CUUUUUCGCUUGUGCACGUCUUUCCAUCGAAACCCUAGCAGACGAGCUCUCCAUCUAGCUCUCCCAAUACGGCCCCGCCGCCUCGCUGAGCAGACUCCGAGCGGAGGCGAAGGCAGACGAAACCAUCGCCCAUGGAUCUGCAGAUCGUGGGACGGCACGCGUUGCUCUUUGACGACGACGCGGCGGCGGAGGUCGUAAACUCCGGCGGUUCCCUCGUCCCCUGGUCCGCCGCCGGCGCGGCCGAUCUCCUCCUUGACCGUCACGACGUCCGCCACCUCCUCGACCGCGUCCCUCCUCGUUCAAACCGCGCCUACUCCGUGGCCCUCCUCUCCACCCCCUCUCCCGACGGCGUGUCCGAGGCCGAGCUUGACCGCGAGCGCUUCCUCGACCUCACCGCCGGCGUCGGCACCGGAGACGCGUCUCCUUCAGGAAACGGGACAGAUACUGGGCAGGCCAGUUAUAAUGCUGUCGCUUUCUCAUAUGGGGGACCUGCUGGUUCUGAUGAUCCGAAUGAUUCAAUCUCUUCUUAUCGCCCAUCUUUUCCUGUGUCAGAAAGCCUGUUGAAUAAGCUGCCUCCCUCCGAGAAGGUGCAUCAGAUAAUUGCAAGAACUGCUCUAUUUGUCAGUGAGCAUGGGGGACAAUCAGAGAUUGUGUUAAGGGUGAAGCAGGGAAGUAAUCCAACAUUUGGAUUCUUGAUGCCUGACCAUCAUCUCCACAGCUACUUCCGCUACAUUGUUGAUCAUCCUCAGCUGUUGAAAGAUGGCUCUGAUGCUGACACCAAUAAAGGCAACAAAAUUGUUAUGGGUGAGAGUGAGAAUGCUGCCUCGUCAAGCGGAGCUUUAUCAUUGCUUGGGGCCGUCUACGAGUCUGGAGAUGAGGAUGAAUGCGUGCUUCCAGCUAGUUCAAAAGGCAAGGAUCCUGGAAAUGACGCUUUGCAUGACAAUGUCCACAAAGGCUCAUCAUUCCUUGUACAUGACAACGAAGUGAAAAAAGACCAGACAGUAACUAUAGAAGCAGCCACUUUAGUAAAGGAUAAACCUAUUUUCACCAAGAAGAACCCAACAAUUGCUGGAAACAGCAUUGUUGCUGCUCAGCGGGAGAAGGUUAAAGAUGCCAUGACAGUGUUAACCACUUCUACCAAGUCUGACAACUCUAAAUUAGGUGUGUCUGACACAAAAGAAAUGAUACUGGAACCACCAUCCUUUUUGAAGGGCACAAUGGAGAAAAUAGUUGAGUUUAUUCUCAGGAACGGGAAGGAGUUUGAACAAAAGCUCAUUGAGCAAGACAGGAUGACAGGGAGGUUUCCAUUUCUUCUGCCGUCUAAUCCAUAUCACUCGUACUAUCUCAGGAUGCUUCAGGAAACCCAAGAGUCCAAGUCCCGUGGUGGUUCUUCAGAGCACAGGGACAGAAGGAGCUCUUCAGAGCGCCAAGACAGGAGGAGUUCUUCAGAGCGCAGAGACAGGAGGAGUUCAGAACGUAAAGACAGAAGGUCUAUGGAGCGCAAGGAUAGAAGUUCUUCAGACCUCCGAGAGAGUGGCCAUGACAAGGAAGUAACUAAAAGCAAGGGACGGGGAAGUGCUAACAAGGACUCAAGCACUUCUGAUAGAAGCUCUGCGGAACCAUCACAGAAGCAGCUAUCUGACAAACAAGGGGAGGGGAAAUUCCAGUUGUUCACUGGUGGGGCCAAGAAGGAACUUCCUCGGACGGUCACUGCAGAUGAAGCUGCUGCUAUUGUUAUGGCGGCUACUCGUGGACUGGGGCCUGCCAAUCCUCAACCUAACACGCUAAAAGACACGAGUGACAUUCGCCAUAUACAGGGCUCAGGUGCAGUGUCCAAACCUGCUUCAAAUAGUGAGCCUGGCACAUCAGUCACAAGUAGUGAUCAGCUAAAGAAGGAAGGUAUUGGAAUUAUCGAUGAUGAUUGGAUCACAAAUACAAUCGCAAAAGCAGUUGCUGUUGCCGCCUCUAAAGAGGCAGAUUCUUCUGAAGCUUCCAUGACAAAUGAGCAGAAGCUGAAGGCUGAGAGGCUUCGGCGUGCAAGGAUGUUCACUUCAAUUAUUAAGGGUGGUGGCAACAAGAGCGAUCUGGUGACAAGUGAGAUAACUAAUGAAUCUGCAAGGGCCGCUCCUGCUAAUUCGAACCUCCCCGUGCCUCCAGAACCUUUGGCUACUGAACGGGAAGGUAGCUCUGUGCGUUUUGAACGGGAAGGUAGCUCUGUGCGUUUUGAACGUGAAGGUUCGAAUAUGCUCAAGCAGGAGAAAGACUCUGAUGACGAGCAGAACAGGGCACGCAAGUACAGAAAGCAUCAUCCAGAAUCUGAUGAGGACAAAGAUGAUUUGGAGGAGGAAAGUUAUAAACACUCAAGGAAGAGGCAUCGUUCGGAGCGUUCAAGAGGCCACAGUAAGGAUGCACACAGACAUAAGCACAAGCAGCACUCCAAGGAAAGGGAGUAUAGGCACGAUCAUAGCUCUUCGGAAGAUGAGCUACGCAGUUCCAAGUCAAGGCAUCGGCAUAGGGACGAUCAUCACUAUGUUGAAGAUGACGAGCAUAGGAGGCACCGGAGGAGCCAUCGCUCUGGUUCCAAAAGGAAACACAAGGAUGACGGAUAUCUCAAUGAGCAAACUCUUGGCCGUGUUGAAGCCUCCCAAAACACGCCUGAGCACAGGCAUGGAUCAGAGCAGCCCCCUAGCGACACUGCUCAAUCUUCGCAGGCGGUAACUCAGAACGAGCGCCAGCUUAUCGCCGUCAUCUCCAAGAUCCUAUCCAAGCACCGGGGCUCCAUCCGCCGCCUCUCCCUCCGCCACGACUACUUCUACAUCAGCGACAGCGACAUCCACGACACGCUCGGCGGCUGGCUCACGUACCCCGCCCUCAGCAACCUCGAGGAGAUCGAGAUCAUCAGCUACAGCAACAGAGGCCAAGAUCCGCUGCCGCUGCCCGUGAUCCGCUUCGCGGCGACCGUCCGGGCCGCCACCUUCGACUUCUGCCGCUUCCCCGAGGACGCGCCCCGUGCGCUCAUCUUUCGGCAACUGAAAAGGCUCGUCCUCCAUCACGUGACCAUCCCCAACGACGACCUCCAAGGCGUGCUCUCCGGCUGCCCUGCGCUCGAGAGCCUGCUGAUCGACGUUCUCCGUAGAUCUGGGCCAUCUGGCAUUGUCCGGGUGCUGAUCAACUCACCGUCUCUCAGGAUCAUCGAGAAUGGCUGCACGGUUGGAGUAGUCAUCGAGAACGCCCCUCGGCUGGAAAGACUCAUCACGUUUCGGGACUUCCGUAGUGGCAAUUACACUUACACCCCGAUGUUCGUCCGGUUACCCGACGCACAGAAAGUGGAGAUCUUGGACUCAUUCAGAAACUGCGAGGAAUUGGUUCUGGAAAGCUUCAGAACAACUAUGCGCAACGUGAGGAUUUUGGUUCUAAAGGCUUGUGAACCUCAUCUUGGUGCUGUCAUCGACUUGCUGAGAUGCUUCCCUUACCUGACGAAACUGUACAUCACAUCCUCUCUGGGGACGUGUUCGAAAAAUGAUGGACAUGGUUACAACCCGCAAGAUCCUAUCACGUGCCUUGAGCUCCAUCUCACAGAGGUGGUGUUCAAGCACUACGAGGGCAAGCAGCCGGAUGUGAAUUUUGCCAAGUUCUUGUGGCGAAUGCUAAAGUGCUCGAGUCAAUGAAGUUUGGAGUCCACGACAGUUGCACCGAUAAAUGGAUAGCUAAUCAGCGCAGGCGCCUACAUCUGGAUAGUAGGGCCUCUCGAGACGCUCAAUUUGAUUUUAGAUCCGAUCUUACUUGUGACGAUUUUGCUUGCUACGAUGUUCUCUCCGUGCCUGAUCCCUUUGGCAUCAGAAGGUCUUGUGCAUAUUGUUCACAAGGCUGACCAGGUUGGUGAUCUUGUAUGAGAUUUUUUUUUGAGGGAGAUUGUCUUGGCCGUCCUAUUUUGGUGCAAACAUGCAUGGCAAUACGUCUAUCAUAUGUAGUUUUAUGGAUCUUCUAUUAGUGCAACUAUUAUGUCCUUCUAUAUCCAUCCUUUUCAUUGAAUAAAGAAGCUAAUUUUAA